UGUCUUCCAUCGAGAAAGGUAAACCGUGAUGUAAAUCUCUGAGCUGCAGAUUAGAACUUCACAAAUCUCCCGGUAACCAGUCGUCCAAUCAGGCGUGAGAAUGGGUUCCCAGUGGAGGUCAGGGGUCGCCCUGGCACUAUUUCCCAUGGUGCUUUUCCUGCACAUGGGCUUGUCAUCAGCACAAUUUGAUUCUGCUGAUUUUGGACUGGAGUGCACUGUGUGUAACGAAGCUCAUUCAGGGUCGGCGAUAACCUGUACAUGGAGAAACCAGCCCAACCAAACAUACAGCGCACUGUUCAAGUUAAGCAAGAAGGCACAGGACAGGUGCCCCAACGAGACGGAGUGGCAGUCGUGUAAUCUGACGUCAGAGAACAGCUGUCAGAUCCCGUUCCACGACUGCGCAGACCCCUUCCACGACACGUACUACGUCAUGGUCAACUCCUCCUCCAUGCUGUUCCAGACAAUCAACUUUAUCAAACCCGACAUAGCUACUUCUUGCGGGCCCCCCAAGCAAAUUAGUGAGAAAAUGGCAGAGACAAAGCUUCGCUCUGAUCAGGCAGCAGCUUCGUCAUGCUUGCAUCCAGUAUUGAGGGAACGCCAUAGGAUUAAACCGGACCCCCCAGAGAAUCUGCGAGUGGCGUCUGUGAGCAGCAGGGGGGUGACUGUAGAGUGGGACAUGCCGAGAUGUGCUGAGCUCCUGUUCACCAGCUAUAUCUGCGCCAUUGAGUAUGUGUCACUGAGGGACAACUCCACCAGGGAGAAGGAGGUAAUGAUUGAGUUGCAGAACCCCCAGUACGAGACUCUGGGUGACCUGGUUCCUCACACCCGGUACCUGGUCCACAUACAGUGUCGGCAGGUGAUCGGGGAGCUGUGGAGCGAGUACUCCCCCUACAUGGAAGUACAGACCAACCAGUCUGCUCCAUCCAGCCCUCCUGUGGUGAGAACUCCAGCAGUCUCCUGGAGAGACUACAGACUUGGACUUCGAAACAUGACUUUAAGAUGGGAGUCCCUUGAUCCAGAAAAGUGGAAUUCUGAAAUUCUUGGCGGCUACCUCGUCAACGUGACCGACCCGAGAACUGGGGAAACUGUGAUCUACAACAUCACGGCAUCAGGUGUGGACCUGUAUACUCUCACCCUGGGGAACCUGCAGAUGUCUGACUACCUGGUGAAGGUUGUGGCCUACAACAACAAAGGGCUGUCACCACCGAGGGUCAUACAGCUUCAAGACAUUUCAAGAAGACCCGAUCAGCCACGGAAUGUGGUCGCCACGGUGACCUCGGAAGGAGACGUUCUGCUGUCAUGGCAACCACCAGCAGCCAUCGGAGGCAUCAAGGACUACUUCGUGACCUGGUGCGAGGUCGAGCGCGACCGCCGGUGUGCCGGGGAGGGGAACGUGACGAGCGUUCCCGGGACGCAGCUAACGGUGACGUUACGGGACGGCUGGAUGCCCUACAGUCGCUACAGGUUCAUUGUGAAAGCUGCGACCACUGCUGGAAAGGGGGAGCCGUCCAGUACUGUCUACCUGUAUACUGUUGAAGGAGUGCCGUCCUCCCCACCGCAGAAUGUGACAGUCCAGGCUGAUACCUCCACAUCACUGCUGGUGAGCUGGAAACCACCACCUCUCCAGGACAGGAGGGGGGUCAUCACCACAUACAGGGUGUAUUACUACGUCACACCGACUAUCAGUGGACAGCAGAUGGCUGCAGAUGCAGUUUUUGUGUCAGUCAACGUGACUAAUGACGCCCAGCCUGUGCAGUUUUCUCUGCCAGGACUGACACCGUUCACAGACUACACUGUCAGAGUCUCAGCUCUGACCUCACGAGGAGAGGGCGUCAAAACUGACCCUGUCAGCGCCAGGACUGAACAGGCUGCUCCCAGUGACGCACCAAGCAACGUCCAGCUCAUCAAGGCAACAGUCAACACUCUUGUCAUAUCCUGGACACCCCCAUCCCAGCCUAAUGGUAUCAUCCAGGGCUACACCAUCCACUAUGGAGACAGUUCCCAACAAGUGGGCAACCAGACAAAAGUGGUCUUGGAGGGUCUGGAAGGAGAUAUGAGAUUCCCAGUACGUGUACAAGCCUGUACUGGAGCAUUGGAAACCCCAUGUGGACCCCUCUCGCCGGUGGAGAAUUUCUUCACAAAAGUUGGAGAACCGGGUGUACCAAUGAACUUGAGGGUGUCCUUUGACGAGUACACAGAGCGGCUUCAUGUUGUUUGGGAUCCGCCUGUGCCACGAAACGCACGCGUCAUCACGUACCUCCUCACCUACGGACAAGAAAAUGACGACCUGGUCUAUCGCCAAGAGACCACCCAGACGGAAUGGCUGGUGGACAAGUCCAAGGUGUAUUGUCGGCGGGGGUGGUCGUACUUCUUCCGGGUAGAGGCUCGACCCAAGGGUCGGUAUGACCUCUUCGGGGAAUCCUCGGGAACUGUGUACUUCAACUGCAAUGAUUUCCCGAAUGCCUACCUUUCAAUACAGCAUGAGCCUGUGAGUCUGACAGAGGCGACCAUUGCAGGAGUCAUUGCCGUCCUUGUGCUCUUCGGGAUCUGCUUAGCAGUGUCGGGACCCAAGCUGCACAAGAGAUUCAAGGAGAUGAAGGGACAAAGAAGCCAACUCCCAGGUGCAAAGAACUACUAUUGUGAAGAGGGUACGUACUACUCCGUUCCCGGCGACAGUUUCUUCACCAGCGACGCCCACCACAUGUACAACCCGUACGUCAUCAGCGAUUCCGGCGUGGACAAGGAGACUGUGGACGACAUCAGCCAGCUGAAGAAGCUCGGCCGGCAGUGGUCGCACGAUUCCGCCAUCGGACUGGACAGUUCAGAGGGAAGCAUCGUGGUGGACGUCCCAGGUAAGAGCGCGCACUACUCCACGGCGAGCAGCAGCAGUGGCUGCAGUGACGGCUCCGAGGAAAGCCUGCUCCCGCACAAAGACGAAACCGGCAACGGAGACGCAACAGACGCCGAGAAGGGCGACGUGGUCUGGGAGAAGAGAGGCCGGACGGCGAGCACCAACACAACCUCCAGCCACGGCAGCUCCGAGCACGGCUCCGAAGUGGCCGAGUACUCGAAAGUCGCCGCCGUCGGGGGGAAGUUUAGGGACCUCAACAUCAACUACGUCCCUAAAAAAGUGGAGAAGGAGGAGGAGAAGAAGGAGGAGGGUCCUAAGAGCAGGGGAAGGGACGAGAUGGUUGAUUUGGACCCGUCCAAACUGAUCAGUGUUCAUUCUCCGAUAGAUCUGUCUCCAGAUCAGAUAAAACAUCGGCUCAUAGACCCCGACAAAAUCGUGUACAUAGCCAAGGAGCCAGGUCGGGCAGAGGCGGAAGUGUAAAAAGGAUGAAGGUGGUGGUAAUUUAUGGGCGGGGACUUAACUUGUUGUGGAUUAUGUGCAUAAUGUAUACAAUAUGAACUGGAUUGUUUUGAUAAACCUGAAAAAUUUGAUUCCGAAGAAGAAUUUCAGUUUUUUUUUCUUUUUCUCCUUUUCAACACAUUGUUUGAAACUCCCAAAAUUUAAUUCUCAAGAAAUCAUGGUCACUUACUUGAAAAUUCUAAGAAUAAACAAAAAUCCUUUUUGCAAUUAAUUACUAUCUGGUACUACUAAAAAUUGAUGUUGCAGCUUUCUAAAUUAAAGACUCAAUGACCACAAAUUCUAUUUUCACACUGUCGACAAUCAGAAUAUGAUAUAUAGAAAUCUGAUAUUGCUUGAGAACAUUGUCUUCAAAAGAGUUGAAAAAGAAUUUUAGAAUACUACUAAACAGAGCUAACAAAAAAGUUGUAAUUUGCAAGGAAUCAUUGCAAGCAAAUUAAAGUUACAUGUAUGUGAGUAAGAACAGAUUGUAUACAUCAGGGUUUAGACGUUUGUUGUAUAGUUGUAAAUAUGUGAGAGCUAGUGGACUGCCAACUCUCACAUCAUGUAAAUAGAGAGUACUUGUAUUUUUCGGUGUAUACAGAGCUAUUAUAUGUAGAGGAGAGCUUUCAAUUGGAAGAGAAGAGAUACUGUCAUCUUAUACCAUGAUUGUUAAUGGUCUAUUACACUAGCCGUGCAUUUGUUAGGACCAUGAAUGUGGACCAUGAAGCAUUAUAGUUGUUCUGUCAAAACCACUCAAAAUGUUGUAUUGAAACCCUUUUAUUGUUAAAUGUGUAUCAACUAAACAGACUUAACCUGGUACAUGCUAGUUGAUGAAGGUCAAUCUUCCAGAUCAUUAGUUGUUAUAGAUGUACAUUGUACUUUCCAGUGAAGUCUGGUUACAAGGUAAUACAAUGUUCGUGCAUAGGAAGCAUGUUGGCUUAAUAGGGACUGUGCCAGUAUUACAUGUGGAAGUACAAGUAAAUAAUCUCCAAGCAGAUUUUGGGAGAGGCUACAUGUCAAUCCCAGCUGGAGGUAGUUUGUCACAGAAAAGGGCAUCUAGGAAUUCGUAAGGAUUUAGACUCCCCUUAACAUCUGCUUGGAGAUCAUGAGUUAAGUCUUUAGGAAAGUGUUCACAGCUGCACAUUGUACAUAAAUGUAUAUAUAAAUAUAUGUCAAAUGAGUUCCAUACAUGUAUGUUACAACCAUUUCAUAGGCUCAUAGUGAAUGUUACGUAUGUCAGUGAAAUUAACACUACUGCCUCAAUCUCAUGAAGAAUUAUUCUGUAUUUAAUAGACGUACAUUUUCUUGUUUACAUAGACGUUAGAGAAAAUGUGAUCAUGAAAUGAGAAGUUUGUUGUAUGUGUGCAUGUUCAUCAGUUCAUCGCUUUACCGGCUAUACAAACCUAAGUGUCUUCAACUGAAAGACACCUGAUAUGUCUUCUACUUUUUAUGUUGUAGAAGGUUGCUAGGUCAUUAACACCUUGGUACUGUAAAUGUGUUUACGGCGGUCAAAUUCUGAGGUAGGAGGGAAAAGGCAGUUUUGAAGUUUACAGUUGAAGCAAUUCUGUAGCACAGUAGGAUUUCAAAGCACAAUAUCCGAACCUAAACUGCAAAAAUAAACCACUGAAAACAUUUCACCAUUUACAGUAUUAUGGAUGGUAAAGAUGUCACUAACAUUUCAGUUCUACUCCCUAUCCCUACCAGUAUUAUUUAUGUGUUUUAUGGUAUGGGAUGCAUUGAUCUAUGAAAAAUG